UGAUCUCAACAACUUCAGAUACUUAUAAACCCCUUUCAUUUCACACUUCCAAUUCAUACACUUAUCUUUUAUCUUACAACUUUGGGUUUGAUUUUGUUCUACUGGAAGUGAAACUUCAGUGUCAAGCUCCUUAUUCAAAUGCUAAAAGUCAAAUAUUUGAUUAAUUGAAAAUUCAGUUCACGGUUUUAUUCCUUGUUAUGGUUUCGUCACCGAUGUCGGAUAGUGGGAGUGGAAAUGGAGCUUCUCGUCCGCCGAAUUUUUCCGAUGAAGACGUGAUGUUAGCUUCGUGUUACCCAAAGAAGCGAGCGGGAAGGAAGAAAUUCCGGGAGACUCGACACCCGGUGUUCCGAGGAGUUCGCCGGAGGAACUCCGGAAAAUGGGUUUGUGAAGUAAGGGAACCUUACAAAAAGUCAAGGAUUUGGCUCGGGACUUUUCCGACGGAAGAGAUGGCGGCGCGUGCUCACGACGUGGCGGCGUUAGCUCUGAGAGGAAGGUUGGCUUGUUUGAACUUCGCUGACUCUGCUUGGAGACUCCCUGUACCAGCUUCUACCGAUCCGAAAGACAUCCAGAAAGCGGCGGCGGAGGCAGCGGAAGCUUUCCGACCUGUUGAUUCCGCCGGAGAUGGCUCAAAGACAGCUGAAAAAACGGCGGUGGAGGGAACUAAAGAGUCGGAAGAAGUGUUUUAUUUGGACGAAGAAGCAGUGUUUGGGAGAGAAAAGUUUCUGGCAAACAUGGCGGCGGGGAUGAUGAUGUCUCCGCCUCACAGUGGAUAUGAAAAAGAUGAACAAGAAUUUGAGUUUGCCGAUGGUUAUGUACGGCUGUGGAGCUAUUCUAUUUAAAGUAUUAAAUAUACAUAGGAAAUUCUAUAAUUAGGAUAUAUAUGUGUAUACAUGGACGAGAUUAGUAAGAUUGGCUUCUCGUCAGGGUAUAGCUUCUUGUUCCCUUAUUAUUGCUCCGUACUUCAAAUAUUUUAGUAAGUACGGAUGGUCUUAAAUGGGUCCAGAGUUUUGAUUCAGAUCGCACGAUCCCGACACGUAAGUGUUACUGUGUGUAUUAGGUGCAUCAUUUGAUUGUCGAAAAAAUGAUAGAAAAAAAUGACAAAAAUAUUUAAAAUUA